GACUUUGAGGAGUUCUUGGUCAUGAUGGUGCGCCAGAUGAAAGAGGAUCAGCAAGGGAAGAGCGAGGAGGAGCUGGCAGAGUUCUUCCGUAUCUUUGACAGGAAUGGUGAUGGCUACAUCGAUCGGGAGGAGUUUGGGGAUAUCUUGCGUUCCUCUGGAGAGGCCGUGACAGACGACGAGAUCGAUGAGCUGAUGGCCGAGGGAGACAAGAACAACGAUGGCAAGAUCGACUUUGAUGAGUGGCUGAAACUUAUGGAGAACGUGCAGUAAAAGAGCAACAUUCCUCUGCAACACUUCAGUGUGACACUUUGUGUUUUGUUAUGCAAGCAGUUUUUCUGACUUCACUCGAUACUGCUCCCCUUAGAGACAAGUACGCCAGCUCAGCCUUCUAGCGCUUCCAAAGACAAAGACAGAAA